AUGGCACCUCGUCUAGCAUGGAUUGGCCUCGGCAAUAUGGGCCGCGGCAUGGUCAAGAACCUCGUUGAAAAGGGCGAGUACUCUGGACCUGUGAUCAUCUACAACCGCACAGCAUCCCGAGCAGAAAAGCUAAUAUCAACCCUCCCCUCCGGCAAAUCGAAAAUCUCCACCUCAAUCCCCGAAGCCGUCAAAGAAGCCGACAUAAUCCUCUUUUGCGUCUCCAACGACGCAGCAAUCGAAGAAUCCAUCAAAGCCGCCCUGUCAACUCCAGAGUCGAAAGGAAAGCUCUUCGUAGACUGCUCGACCGUCCAUCCAGACACCACAGACAAACUCGCCAAAACCGUCAACGAUGCUGGAGCGGAUUUCGUAGCGUGUCCUGUCUUCGGCGCUCCAGCCAUGGCCGAUGCAGGUCAACUCGUUUGUGUACUUGCAGGUCCCAAGGAGCAAGUCGAUAGAGUUCUGCCUUUCUGUAAAGGGGUGAUGGGAAGAGCGGAGAUCAACUAUUCUGGUCAGCCUCAUGGAGCAGCUUCCAGAUUGAAGAUCAUCGGUAACACGUUCAUCCUUAACAUGGUUGAGACGCUUUCCGAGGGACACGUCUUGGCCGAGAAGAGUGGCCUCGGAGUCGAUAAUCUGCAUGCUUUCAUUGAGACGUUGUUCCCGGGACCGUACACGGCUUAUUCCAACAGGCUUAGAUCCGGGGAUUACUGGAACCGCGAGGAGCCGGCUUUCCAAGCUGCUUUGGCGAGAAAGGAUGCUGGACACGCGAGAAGUCUGGCGGAAAGCUGCGGAGUGACGAUGAAAGGGUURGAGGUCGCUGAUGCGCACUUGAAGGCCGUGAUUGAUCAUGCAGGAGACAAGGGAGACAUUGCUGGUGUCUAUGGCGCCGUGAGGCAGGAGGCUGGACUGAAGUUUGAGAAUUAG